CACUGCCCUAGCCAUGCGUGCCUCCGCUUCAGCCUCCAUCUUCUCCAGAGCAUCUAUGAUGUGGCUGGAUGACCUUCUAGAGGACGCUAACCCUGAUCCUGUCGCCCUCAGAAGAGCACUAUUGAAAUUGCGUAAGACAGCAGCUUUUGUGGCCGAUGCCACUUUGGAUGCCACUCAAUUAGGGGCACAAGCCAUGACGGCGCAAAUAGUCGCUCGUUGCAACCUCUGGCUUCGCCACUGGCAAGCUGAUUCAGCGGCCAGAUUGAAUCUGUCCAGGGCUCCUUACUCCGGAUCUCUACUCUUCGGCGAGGAAGCUCUAAAGGCAGUGCUGGUUGAUCCAAAAGACGCCCACAAACCGGUUCUGGCCACAGUCAAGAACAGCGACCACAGGCCCUUCAGGCGAUUUCUUUCCUUCCGUUCUAACCAGCCCUUUCGAGGAACGCGGCCAGGAGGACGAGGCCGCGACUUCAGAUCCUAUGAUCCCAACGCAUUCAGGGGCUCCUGGAACCGACGCUUCCAGGGCAGAGGCCUACGGCUGGCUUGUCAACUUCGACAAAAGCCAUCUCCAACCAACCCAACGCCUACUACAUCUAGGGGCAAUGUUGGACACCCUGUAGGCAAUGGUCUUCUUGGCUCCAGAUCGCAUCACUGCCAUCACAAACAUCGCAAGGUCCCUGAUGCAACAAACAUCCGCAGAUGUCAUGCUUCUUGCCAGAACGCUCGGGAUGUUCAUUUGUACCAUCCACAUUGUGCCAUGGGCUCGAGCACACACUCGACACCUUCAAUGGACUCUGUUGCCGUUUCAACAGGACAUUGCCAGCACCAACCAUCGCAAAGUUCGUUUGAGCCCCGCACUGCGCCUCUCCUUCCGCUGGUGGACCAAGGUUCAACACCUCUCCAAGGGCACAUCGUUCAGAGAACCCCGCAGAACCAUUGUAACCACAGAUGCCAGCCUCAUCGGUUGGGGAGCCCACUGCAACUCCCAGUACGUUCAGGGGGUUUGGUCCACCGCGGAGCAAACUCAAAGCAUCAACUGGCUGGAGCUAAAGGCUGUCCACUUAGCUCUACGUCAUUUUCAGUCUCUGUUCCCUUUGGACCAUGUGCUCAUUCGAACAGACAACACGUGUGUAAAAUCACAUUUGAACAGACAAGGGGGCAUCAGGUCUCGUCCCCUGCAGGACUUAGCCUCCCUCAUUUUUGUCUGGGCAGAACAACAUCUACAAUCCCUGAAAGCAGAACAUCUCAGAGGGAUUUGGAAUGUGACAGCAGACUGGCUCAGCAGACAACAGGUAUUUCCGGGAGAAUGGAAACUUCAUCCAGCCAUUUUCCAUCGUCUCCAAUGUCGGUUCGGCGCCCUCUCAGUCGACCUGUUUGCUUCCAGUCGCAAUUGCCAGCUUCCCAGGUACUUUGCCCGAUACCUGGACUCAACAGCAGAAGCAGUGGAUGCUCUGACAACACCGUGGCCAGACGGUCUAUUGUACGCCUUUCCUCCCAUACCAUUGUUAGCCAAAACCUUGAGGAAGGCGCGAACCGAGAGGGCACAGCUGGUUCUGAUAGCACCAUUUUGGCCACGCCGACCGUGGUUUUCAGAUCUUCUGGCAAUGUCAAUGAUGGAUCCUUGGACACUUCCAGUCAGGCCAGACCUUCUAUCCCAGGGUCCAGUACUGCAUCAGGACCCUACUUGGCUCAAUCUAACAGCGUGGCGUUUGAACGGGGACAUUUGAGGUCAGCUGGACUGUCUGACGCAGUGAUUGAUAUUAUUUUGGCCUCGAGAAGACCAUCUACCACUCGUAUUUAUCAACAUACCUGGGUGGCUUUCUCCAAGUGGUGUCAGUCCCACCACCAUGAUCCAUCCCAAGCCACUGUGCAUCAGGUGCUGCAAUUUCUUCAUAGCGGCUUUAUGAUAGGACUUCGACCCAACACUCUACGUCGACAUGCGUCCACUCUGUCGUCCAUUCUCUCAGUGUCCUUUCCUGGAGAUCAUAUUUCCUCACAUCCGUUCAUCAAACGCUUUUUGAGGGGAGUCGCCCUACGCUCUCCGCCUGUUGUCCAUCGGUUCCCUUCAUGGAGUUUGCCGAAGGUUCUGCAGGCUUUGCAACGCCCUCCGUUUGAACCCAUCAGGUCUGUGCCCCUACGUAUGCUGUCCUUCAAGGUCUUGUUUCUGAUCGCAAUCACAUCUGCCAGACGCGUUUCGGAGUUGGGCGCAUUGUCUUCUGCUCGACACCUCUGCGUCUUCCAUAAGGACUCUGUUGUGCUGAAGACUGAUCCUUCCCUCCGUCCCAAGGUCGAUUCAGUUUUUCAUUGCAACCAGGACAUUGUUUUACCUUCCUUUUGCCCGAAUCCUACCCAUCCGCUCGAGAAGGCUUGGCAUUCGUUGGAUGUUCGGAGGGCUCUCAAGACAUACCUGUCUAGGACCCAAGAGAUUCGAAGAACGGAGUCUCUGUUUGUAUCCUUUCAUCCAAGGUCUAUGGGACAUAAAGUAUCUAAUUCCACUUUAUCUCGUUGGUUAAGGGCAUGCAUUACUUUAGCAUAUGAGUCCCUGAAGCUGUCAGUUCCAGCUAGUAUAACGGCUCAUUCUACCAGGUCAGCUGCCACUUCGGCUGCUUUUGCCACUAAUGCUCCUGUUGCCGAUAUUUGUAGGGCUGCAGUCUGGUCUACCCCACACUCGUUUAUAAGGCAUUAUAAAAUUGAUCGUUAUGCCUCUGCUGACGCUUCUUUCGGCAGACGAGUGUUACAACAGGUUCUUAAUAAGGAUUAACACGUGGUGGUCCCUCCCUGUAUGGGCUGCUGUGGUACAUCCCGCUGUGAUGGCCGGACUCAUAGGGAAAAUGGACCAUUGGUCUCACCUGAAGGGUGAUUUUCCUAUGAGUACGGACAUCACGACCCUCCCAGUUGGAGGAUGACUAUAUAUUUUCUAAUGUGUUAUAUAUUACUGUUACGCUAUUAUAUUUAAAUUUAAGAGUUAAGUCAAGACUUCUAGUUCUGUUAUACCGCUAUGUUGCAGUCAUGUUACUAUACAUGGUACUAUUGUGUUAUUUUCCUGCUGCCAGGCCGGUUGGCCUUGUUCUUGUAUCUUUAGAUAUUUCUCCUUAGACUCGCUGCGAAUGAACUGGAGAGUGGGAGGGGCCUGACGCCCCUAGUCUUGACUUCAAAGACAUUCUUGCCUUCGCACGAUAGGUGGAGCUAACACCCGCUGUGAUGUCCGUACUCAUAGGAAAAUCACCCUUCAGGUGAGACCAAUGGUCCAUUUACAAAUUACUGCACCAGAUUUAGAUGGUCUAGUGAAAUGUAUUUAUCCACUAAUGUGGAAGUGGGGGUCCUCUGCCUCUCCAGAUGUUACCGGACUGUAACCCCCGUCAUCCCUGACCAUUAGUCAUGCUGGCUGGGACUGAUGUCUCUUGUAAACCACUUAGAGGUUUCUUACAAUCAAGCAGUAUAUAAAUUUUGUUAAACAAAUAAAUGGGAGUUGGAGUCCAAUAACACUGGGAGGGCUGCAUGUUCCUUGUCCUUGCAGUGCUGAAUAUGUCUUCAGAUGUGUCCCCAAUUGAGUACUGAAGAUCAAAGCAGCUCUUCCAAACUGAUUCCAUUUGAUCUUUUAAGCAUGCCAGUCCUCAUCUACAGCUGGUAUUAAACAAUGCCAAUUCCAUUGUGCAUUCUCAUUAAAGCCAUUCU